GCUAUCCUCACUUACAUAAAUGAACUAUAGUGUCCUGCACCCACUAGUAAAAAUAUUUAAAAAAUUAUAUCUAGUGUCUGAAUAAUUUUUAGCUGAUAUAGACAUUGGGUUUGGGCUUUUAGGGAGGAAAAAAAGCACACCGCUAUGAAGGAAAGAAAUGCACUAAAAUCGCACAGCCCUAUUUUCUUGCUGUCUUUGCUGUAUGGUUGCUGUAAUUGCAACGUCUCUGCAAUAACUAAAAAUUUAUUGUCCUUUUCAGCCACCUCGCAGAACUGCCAGACCAGUGAAAUUUCAGCUGCAGAGAAAAAGUUGUCUCACGAGUUUUGCAUCAUCUGAUCGGCUCUUCUGAUCGGUCUUUAUAGAAACCACUGAUCAAACUAUAUAAAACGAUUACCAGAACACCCUUAAAUAUUACAUAGAUGUAAUUUGUUCACAAUAAGCAGGAAUAACCAGGUAUAACUAGUCAAUUUCAGAAAGGAAUAACAAGCAAAACAUCCUUGGUAAGCCAGCUUCACCACACUAUACUAGUCAAAUAGCUUCUCUAAGUUUUGCUGAUUAGCUGCAUUACUAUGCUGGUUCAGUAGCUAGACCACCAAAAACCAGCCUGUUCCAGCAUGAAAAUCUUUUCAGCAGAGAUAAUAAACACACAAAGUGCAAAGCACAAACAUGCACAUGCUGAAUCUGAGCUGAACAUCUCUAAUACAAUCCCAUAUGACUCAGAUAGAAGGACUCCCCAGAGAUGAGCCUGCCCGGUCCUUUCUGCACCUGUCUUUCAUGUGGGUUUUCUUUCUGACCGAAGGGGGAUUCUUCCUCGAAACUGAUCUCUUCCUGACCUCAGCCCUGCUCAGCUAGAAAAGGAAUUCCACACGUGUUUGCCUGCAGGAGUAAUGGUUUUAAAAGGGUGUGGAGCUAGCUAUGAGGUUUCCCAAAUCAGCCGGUUCAUAACAUUACUAAAUUCCCCUACUGAUACCCACAAUGCAAUGACAGCCCCUGGGCAAAAAGAGCACUGAUCCUCUCCUCAUCACACAAAAAAAAACCCCACACUUAUAGACACACAGGGCUGAUGAGGGUUAGCGGUAGCUUGUGAACCAUAAAGUUGAAUGAUGACGAGAGGUUACAGACAAGCGGCUGGGAAAAUCUCCUCUCGCUUGCAUUUUACUUGAACUAAGUGGUUUGAUUGAAACCUCCUGCUUGAAUUGACGUGCUUGUGCUCCUCAAAAGCAGAACUGAGGCGAACAGGCAGGCUAAGUUAUAGCAAGGAAUAUAUAUAAACAACUGGAGGUCAAGGACAACGGAUGUUGAAUGCAAAAGCUUGCUAGAGGCUCCACUGCUAUAAGUGAUGCAGAACGACACAUUCAAGAGGGACCGAUGAUACACAUUAGGGUUUUGGUGGGAAAAUAAGAACAGCCCCACACAGGAGGAAAAUAUUGAUUGAACUGAGUAGAAAGAAUUGUUUUUCUCACAUCGACCCACAUCAACUCACAAGCCCCACAUUUCUCACUUCGUCCCACCCUACACUCAACAUAAAAUCUUUGAAACAGAAAACAGUGUGCUGAGUUCUCAAGCAUCUGAAAAUGUUUAAAAAAGAAAGCGAAGGCAUUUCAGGGUAGCGACAUACUCAGUUUCACUUCUUCUCCGGCCACUGGCGAGGAUCAAGACCAUGUCCACAUCCCAGAAUAACCAUGACAACAGUGAGAGAUGUUUAUAUGCUGCUAAGUGGUUGUAAAAAUCUCUGUGAGCAAAAGAAAAAUCCUAAAAUCUUAGUACUGUAUGUUGAGACUGAACUCCACCCCAGACUUGUUUUCAUAUUCUAAUCCACAAAUCACACCAUCUUCUCCUUAAAAGUCUAUAUAGGAAACAUUUCAAGUCUAAGGCAUAAAUAAUGAUGAAGCACCAGUCUUUGGGACAGAAAAAGUGAAAAAAUGCAAGUGGGCAAGAGACCAAAAGAACACCCAGAACAUGGAAAAUCCCCCGUUCCCAUGCCAAAAAAUUCAGUGAAGAAAAAACGUAACACUUCUGAGGUAGAGAGGGGUACUGGAGGAAAAUAAUCUUUUUAGCUUUAUUUAAAAAACAGGAGUGGCUUUCUGAACUACUGUCAUCGCUUCAUUUAUGGGUUUCUGUAUUCGAGUCAAUUACAGACAGGCUGUACUGUGAAAAGACUGCUAAAACUGAUUAAAUCAAUCACUAUAAGUCUACUGUGGAAAAAAUGACUGCAUAAUUAUUUAAUUCAAUUGUUUAAUCAAAUUAACUUCAUUUAAAUUGCAUUAAUUCAGCAUUAUAUUGGAAUAUAGUUACUAGUGCCGAUAAUUUCCCACUUCUAUUUUGAAGUCUGUGGCCUCUACGCUAUUUUAGUGUGUCGCUAUUUUUAGUGCGGCAAGUAGCUGUGAGUCUGCAGUAUGUGCACACUUGUGUUUACAGGUCAAACCCUUGAACAGAAACAAACUAACUUGAAUGUAGUCUAACUUUAUGGUUCGUGUACAGAGUAAUCUGGGUACGGACAGGCAGGAUAUUGGUGUUAUGGGGCCUCCUUGCAAUUUGAGUCAGAGCAGGCACAGAAAUGAGGAAGGACAAGGAGAAGAGUCUACAGGAGCUCUGAGAGUACGGGUAGAAGAGAGCGUUUUCACCAUAGACAGAGCCAUCCUGGGGCAAAACUGUGAGUAUUUCCGUGCUCUCUUCCGCUCUGGGAUGAAGGACAGCCAGCUGAACGAGUUCCACCUGCAGGGAGGCCUGAAAGCGAGGGGUUUCCUCAUUGCCAUGGCGGUUUCCAGAGGUGAGUGCCCUGCUAUACGAGACCCAGAGGAGAUUGUGGAGGCCGCAGAGUGUGCAGCUUUCCUCCAAGUGGAUGUUCUAGUCCAGCACUUGAUAGACCUUCUUGAUACCGACAACUGCAUUCUUUUGUACCACACGGCAGCGGUGUACGGCUUGUGGAGGUUGUUUCAGAGCGCUGCCGUGUUCAUUCGCGAUGCUUACACCGACCUGCAAGACGUUAUCGAGGCACUCCCAGAGGAGCUGAUCUGCUACGUGGAGUCUCUUUCACCAACAUCGUUUGUCGCUCUAACGACUCAUUCUCCAUCCAUGAAGAUGCUGGAGGACUGCUACAGGACGGUGUUUUACCUCGAUGAGGAACCGGGUACUUGGAAACACCUGACUGAUCUGCCAACAGAUGCCAGCACCUCCAUGGCCGGGGUGGCUGUCGAGGGGAACCGGUUGUAUAUCGUUGGAGGAGUACGGGGAGUUAGUAAACAAACUGUGGACUUAAGCUUCUGUUAUGACACAGAAACCAACACUUGGAGUGUGUUUGAUGGUCCUCAGCAGUCCAGGUAUAACUUUACCCUGGUGGGUCAUGACGGACACUUGUAUGCCAUCGGAGGUGAAUUCAACCAAAAGAUUAUGUCCUCAGUAGAAGCGUGUGAUGUUUCCACAGGUGCGUGGAAAUUUUGUAAGAAUGCGCCCCGUUCUGUGGCUGCGCCGGCUAGCGCUGUUGCCAGGCGUAGGAUAUUUGUGUGUUUCUGGAAGUCUCCGGAUACAACGGACAUUUAUGAAUAUGCACCUAAAAAUGACGAAUGGACACUGGUCACCACUAUGGUCAAGCCUCAGAGUUACGGACACUGCAUGGUGGCUCAUGGCGACAACCUGUAUGUUAUGAGGAACGGCCCAUGUGAUGACUUCCUGCGCUGCCUCAUGGACUGCUACAACAUCACUACGGGUCAAUGGACGGCCAUGCCAGGACACUACGUCAAUAGCAGGGGUGCCCUCUUCACGGCUAUGGUGAGGGGGAACUCUGCGUUCACCGUCAACCGCAGUUUGACCCUGGAAUAUGUAAUUUGUGGUGACAAGUGGAAGCCUCGCAGACAGAUGACGGGUUUUCCAAAAAGUGGCUCGCUUUGGACCUGCUUACUCAGACUGCCCAAGAACGCAGAUACACAGCAGGAACGUGAUGCAGAGGAAGCACUGGAGAUGAAUGCCAAUGUGGAAUGUGUGGAAGAUUUGGUAGAGGCUAAUCAUCCACUAUUGUGAUAUUGUUGAUCAAUUUGUUAUUUCAUUUGCAAUUGUAAUUAAAGGAAUAGUACAUUCAAAAG